AGCAGAGGAGGGAGGGGAGGAAAAUGACGAUGAUGUAGAAGCUGAAGUGUGGCCGCUCAUGGGUAGAGGGAAGCCCCACAUUCGUUUGCAGCCUAGCGCUCCCCCCUCCGGUGCAGUUGAUGAGGUUUUCAGUGUUGAUGCUGGUAGCUUAGGCCAAUCCCCCUCUGUGUCGUCCGCGACUAACUCCCACGCUCCCUCCGUGUCUUCGCAAGAUUCUGUUGAUGACCAGGAGCUGGGAGGGGCAGAAUCGUCUGUGGGAGGGCAGGAUAAUGAGGCAGUAGGGCCGGGAGGGCAAGAGGUAGCUCCUCCAGCCACUCGUCGGCCCCGGCACGUUGUUGAGCUUGCUGAUUUUAAUACUGCCCCGCGUGAGAAUGAUCAAGUCAGAGUAGGUAGGACUCGCACGCAAACCCGUGCAGUUAACCAGCAGACUCCGUCAGGCCUUGUGGCCGCCUUAGGACCUCUCACUGCAUCAGAAAUUACCUAUACACUCGUAGCGGAACAGAAAGCAGGUCAGGCACAGUUGCCGAAAGAGCACAUUCAGGACGUACAACCUGAGCCUGAUAGCUAUCAAGAGGCCAGGCAGUCGAAGCAUGCCGAGGUUUGGGAUGUAGCCAUGUCUGCAGAAUUUGAGGGCUUGGUCAGAGCGGGAACAUUUUCGUUGGCAGUAAAAGUCCCGAUAGGCUGUAACGUGAUUGACGCUCGUUGGGUUUUCAAAUGGAAGGCAGACGAAACAGGGAAGAUAGUCAAGGCCAAGGCUAGGCUUGUGGCAAAGGGGUUUAAGCAAAAGCACGGGAUCGAUUAUCUUUUGACUUUCUCGCCUACUGCAAAUGCCGCAUCGAUUCGGUUGCUCGUGGCAUUGGCGUGCAAGUAUAAUUUGGAAUUACUCCACCUGGACAUUGAGCAAGCCUUUGUUCAGACGAAGUUGGAUCACGCGGUGUUCAUGAAGUUGCCUCCUGGCUGUGGUACGAUGUCAGGAAAAGUCGUCCGUUUGAACAAGAGUUUGUACGGAUUGAAGCAGGCAUCUAGGACAUUCUACAUGAGGCUUGUGUCGGACCUGAAGAGGAUUGGUUUCGAGCAGUCUCUGUCAGACCCCUGUGUAUUACGUUUCAUGAUGGGAGACGAGGUCAUGGGGAUGGUCGCGAUCCAUGUGGAUGAUAUUCUGUAUGCAGGUUCUAAGAGUCUUGCCGAGACGGUGGUAGCAGCGCUUGGUGAUUCUCUUCCCACGAAGAAUUUGGGUGAGGUCAAGUUCUUUCUUGGUUGCGCUUUUAGGCGCGACCGUGAGGCUGGCACGAUUGAGAUUUCUCAAGAGAGUUACAUAAGGAGUGUCCUCGAGAGAUUCAAUGUCGUUCGCACCAGCUCGAUCCCCGCUUCCCCCACUGUUGUCAACAGGUCCGUGAUGGAGAAUGAGGAGGCGGGAGAUGUGCCAUUCCGUGAGGUGGUGGGAUGCGCAAUGUGGAUCGCCAGCCAGACGAGACCCGACAUUUCUAAUGUUGUGCGGGCUGUGGCAAGACACUCCCACGAGCCGAAGUUAAGCCACUGGAAGGCAGCUCAGAAGAUCCUGAAUUAUCUUCUGGGCACGGCACAUCUUAGUCUAAACUUCAAGCGGGAUAGUUCGGUAGACGUAGGGACUUUGGUGUACGUAGAUGCCGACUUUGCCAGCAAGGCCACUGACCGUAGAUCCGUUUCUGGAGCGUUGGUUUUUGUGGCCGGAAUGCUUGUCGUUUGGACUUCCAGGACGCAGAAAUGCGUCGCUCAGUCGACUUCGGAAGCAGAGUACCUAGCGAUGGGUGAUGGUGUAAAGGAGGCUCUGUUUGAAGACGGAAUGCUUCAGUUCUUGAGGCCUAGUGAGAAGUCUCGUGAGAUUAAGGUACUAGAGGACAACGAGGGAGCGAUUGCGCUUGCUGAUAAUCCGCUUAGCUCGGGGAGACGUAAGCACAUCGACGUAAGGCACCACUUUCUUCGGAGCUUGACUGAGGAGGGUAGGAUCAAGAUCUCGCAUGUUAGCAGUAAGGAGCAACAUGCAGACAUUCUCACGAAAGCUUUGCCGCGAGAGCUUUUCGAAGUUCACCGUAACUUUGUGCUUGGCUUGAGCGAGAAGUAGAAGUCGGAGGUCGUUGUUAUUCGUCAAAGAAUUAUUGGUCUGAAGGAUACAACAGCCCCUAGGGGGGGUGUUCGUGGUAGCGGCAGGUGUAUCGACUCAAUGGCGGGGUAUAUCUGAUUGGACGACUUGACUAGCGGGACUGUCGUUGCAAGGUUACUCCAGUUCUGCAGGUUCCGCUGUGGAACAUUCGUAUAAGUAUCUGUCGGGCAAUCUGUUGGUGGUUUGUGCUUUCCUCCGAUGUAUUUGUGACUCGUAGGAAGAGUACAACUACUACCCGUGAUCGGGGAAUCGGGAUAGUGUGAUGUGAUUCGUGAUCGGGUCGUCGGGGUAUUGCAAUCGGGCAGAUAGGGGUGCUGCACGCCCUCACCUUGCCCACUCCCAUUCCAAACCAACUAAUAAGACCAAGUCUCAACUAUCCAACAACCUUCUCUCUACAAGCCACGAGUUUACCAA